AUGUCAUCAUCAAAUAUUCAGUCAACAUUGAAUUUCACAUCUUCAAGUGUAGUUUCAUCACCUCUACCAAGUGUAUUCGAAUUACUUGCUCAAGAACGUUUAACUGAUUUAAUUCGGCCUUGUCUUCGACAAAUUUUUAAAUUUUUACAUGAAAUUCGUCCAUUAUCGAAUGCAUUACGAAUUCUUUAUAAAUACAAAGAUGAAUUUAUAUUACUUAUUGAAAGUAUUGUUCAAUGGCUUUAUUUACAUUUCUAUUCUGCUCUAAUCGGUGAACAUUUUUAUGGAUUAAAACGAACAGCAAAUCAUCGAUUACGUUCACUGAUAUUUUCUGUAUUUAUACCUUAUGUUAAACUAAAACUUGAUUCAUUAAAUGAACAAAUGUCUACGAAUAAUAAUAAUCGUCAAACUAGAUUCUAUAUUAUACUUCAAAUUUUACCUAAAAUUCAAGUUUUUAUCGAAGGUGUUUGUUGGCUUUAUCGAAUAGGUUAUGCUUUUGGUCGUAUUGAAUAUUAUAGUCCAGAACUUCAAUUAGCCGGUGUUAAAUUAACCUAUGCUAAAGACCCAUCACCCGUCAUCUCACCAUCAACAAAUGCUAGUCGAUUUUUUUCCAUAGUCAGUCAAAUUAUAUCAAGUGGUUUAUUUCUUGUUCAAUUUAUUGAAUGGUGGAAUAAUACAAAUGGUUCAAAGAAAAAUUCUAUUAAUGCUAAUAUUAAUCCACCAUUACCCACUUCUGUUCGAACACAAUCAACAAUUGGCAAACGUCAAUGUCCUCUUUGUCGACAACCAUGUAAUGUUCCAACAGCAGUACUUGGUUCAGGUUAUGUUUAUUGUUAUACAUGUAUUAGUGAUUACGUUACACGUUAUCAUCAAUGUCCAACAACACAUCAACCGGUAACAAAUGAACAGUUAAUUAAAAUUUAUUAA